AUGGCGCCCGCGGCACAAACGCGAGGCAGCCAGCCGACGAGCCCGACGGCAUCAGACGAGCCCACAGAGGAACAAGAUAUUCGGUCCUUGUUGACCCAACUACCCUCCAAGACCGACCUGGCAGCUUUAUUCCAGAAACUGGAGGAUAGCUUCAGUGAGAAACUUCAGGCUGUUACUGCAGACGUGCAGCUGCUAGGGGAUAGAGUCCAGGCUCUGGAAGAAGAGGCAGAAACUACUGAGAAACAAUGGGCUGAGUCCUAUACUACCCAGGAGACACACGCAGAGGCAAUCAGGUACCUGCAGAGACAGCUAGAAGAUGUAGAUAACCGGGGACGCAGAAAUAAUCUGAGGGUGAGAGGUGUCCCUGAGAGUGCAGAAGGUGUCCCAGAAAACCCUGUGCAGGUCCUGACCGCCCUCUUCAACCGCAUUUUAACCAGACCACUGGACACAGCCAUCUUAUUUGAUAGAGCCCACAGAGCGGCCAGACCUAGGAACUUGCCUCCAGAUAAACCACGGGACAUUAUUUGUCGCAUACAUAACUUCCCCCUAAAGGAAGAAAUCUUCCACAAAGCAUGA